UCGCGGGCAAAAAAAAAAAAAAAAAGAUGUGACGUAAAAGCCAACAUGGCGGCUCCCCACUCCACGAUGAAAUUUUGGAAGCCGGGCACUGAGGCUCCGGGGAUCUCAGAGGAAAGGGAUCUCAGCUCAGAGACCACCGGCUCCCCCAUCAUCUUCAACCCAAACACGGCCCUCUCCAUAGAGAAACAGCGGCAAAAGCUCCCAGUUUUUAAGCACAGAAACAACAUCUUAUACCUGGUUGAAAGCUACCAGACUGUUAUAAUAGUUGGGGAGACGGGAUGUGGGAAGACGACACAGAUACCUCAGUACCUGCUGGAGGCUGGCUGGGCAGCGGAGGGGAAAGUGAUUGGAGUGACGCAGCCUCGCCGUGUGGCUGCUAUCUCUGUGGCCAACCGUGUUGCAGAGGAGCGAGGGGCCCUCCUGGGACACGAGGUGGGCUACACCAUCCGGUUUGAUGACUGCUCUGAUCCCCACGCCACAAGGAUUAAGUUUCUGACAGAUGGCAUGCUCGUGCGAGAAAUGAUGGCCGAUCCUCUUUUAAAAAAAUACAGUGUGCUGAUGUUGGAUGAAGCACAUGAGAGAACUCUGUACACAGACAUAGCCAUUGGUCUGCUGAAGAAGAUUCAGAAGAAGAGGCGAGACCUGAGGGUUAUUGUGGCCUCUGCGACUCUUGAUGCCAAGAAAUUCCAUGAGUUUUUUAACCUGAAUGAGUCCGGGGAUCCGAACAAGGACACAUGUGGAAUCCUGACUGUAGAGGGACGCACUUUUCCAGUGGACAUCUUCUACACCGUCAGCCCAGUCCCAGAUUAUGUAAAGGCCACAGUGGAGACUGUGAUGAAAAUCCAUGAGAUGGAGGAUGAUGGGGACGUUCUGGCUUUCCUCACUGGGCAGGAUGAGGUGGAGAAGGUGGUGUCCCUCCUGCAGGAUCACGCCAGAUCUCUUUCUCGAUAUGGUAUGAAGAAGCACCUGAGAAUUUUGCCCAUGUACUCGGGUCUCCCCUAUGCAAACCAGAUGAAAGUCUUUGAGCGGGCUCCAUCUACUGUUCGCAAGAUUGUGGUGGCCACAAAUAUAGCUGAAACCUCCAUUACUAUAAAUGGCAUCAUGUUUGUCAUAGACUGCGCAUUUGUGAAGCUACGGGCCUACAAUCCUCGCACUGCCAUAGAAUCUCUGGUGGUCACUCCCAUCUCCAAGGCUUCAGCCAGCCAGAGGGCUGGGAGGGCCGGACGAAACAGACCUGGGAAAUGCUUUAGGCUGUACACAGAGGAAGACUAUGAGAAGCUACCUGCCUCUACUGUUCCAGAGAUGCAGCGCUCUAAUUUGGCCCCUGUGAUCCUUCAGCUUAAAGCAUUAGGCAUAGACAACGUGCUGCGAUUUAGCUUCCUUUCUCCUCCCCCAGCUCAGACUAUGGUUCAGGCUCUGGAACUACUUUACGCUCUUGGAGGUCUGGACCAUUACGGCCGUCUGACUGACCCCAUGGGUGUGCGGAUGGCCGAGUUUCCUCUCAGCCCCAUGUUUGCUAAGAUGCUCCUAGAGUCUGGAAACUUUGGCUGCUCCAAAGAGAUAGUUACCAUAGCAGCAAUGAUGCAAAUUCAGAAUGUAUUUCUUGUGCCACCCAAUCAGAAGAAAGACGCCGCUCGCGAACACAGGAAGUUUGCAGUCGCUGAGGGAGACCACCUCACUAUGCUGAAUGUAUACGAGGCAUUUAUUAAGCAUCAGAAAAGCUCCCAAUGGUGUCAGGAACAUUUUCUCAACUACAAAGGUCUGCUGCGCGCCAUCACAGUAAGAGAGCAGCUUCGGCGUCUCAUGAACAAGUUCAAAGUGCCACGAACGUCCAGUGAGGGUGACCCAGAUGUGAUCCUGAAGUGUAUUGUGUCUGGAUUCUUUGCUAAUGCUGCCCGCAUUCACCAUUCUGGUUCCUAUCGGACUUUACGAGAUGAUCUCGAACUUCACAUCCACCCCAACUCUGUGCUGUAUGGAGAGAAACCUCCAAAGUGGGUCGUCUUCAACGAAGUGGUGCAGACAUCAAAAUACUACAUGCGUGAUGUGACUGCUGUGGAGUCUUCCUGGCUGGUUGAGCUGGCCCCUCAUUUUUACAAGCAAGCUAAGCAUGGCUCGCUGGCCAGCAAGAGAUCUAGAGUCCUCUGAAUAAACCAUCCUCAGAAACCCAAAGGGAAAGCAAGACAUAGUUCUCACUGUGCUCCCAUCUGUUUCCAUUGUAUAUAUGAAGAUAUGAUAUAUAUUUGUUGUCCAUGUCCACCUACACAUCUCUCUCGACACUGUGGCCGUGCUACAAUAGAUCUCAAUUGUAGAUUUUUAGAGGUAAUGUCAGCACUUUUUCAUUUUCUUAGCUGUAUGUUUACAUAGAAAUGAAUGUCAGUUUUUUUUCUGUUGCAGAAAAAUACUGAAUGACGAUGGACUGUGAGGUUGUUUCCUAAUUAGGUAUUCAUUUUUGUAUGCUUAUUCAGUUCUGUCAAGUCCUAGGUGCCUUUUAUAUUUUGAUCACCUGACUUCACCGUAUUUUAUUUUUUCCAAGUAAAAUGUUGUCAUAUUCACCUACAGACUUUAUUUCCGGAUUUUCCUUCAUAUUUUUCAUUUAGCACCUGGCUCUAUGAUUGAUACUGUGAAGAAGCUGCAUUUCUUUUACACUGAGUUCCCUCUUAGCUCUGGUAUAGCUCAGAUAUUGUGGCCUUGUCACCAUACUGUGCCAAUUUUUUUGUUUUAAAACAGCCUGUUACACAGUUCACUUUAAGAUGAAAUAUGUAAAUACUCCCACAUAUUGUACAAGUAUCGCUGUGAAACUAAAAUGAGACAAGUGCCAUUUGUUGCUGUGAUAACUAAAAACAGGACACAAAUCCAGGACCUUAAAUAAUUUUUUUUGAUUUCAGUCAUCAUAAACAACUAUACACACAUUUUUUUAAAUUUACCAUUUGUUAAUUUAUAUUUGGUUUUAAUAUUAUAUUUUAUUAACCUAUUCCAUCUCAUCUGCAUGAACUUGUACUCAUAUUUUUGUCCAUAUUUUUACCCUAAGAGCUUUACUUCACUUGGUCCACUGCUGGAAUGGCAAAAUUUACAUGUCUACUGUUGUUUAUCUCUAUAGUAGAACCUGUCUUUUAGAAUAGUUCAGUGAAACUGUAAAAACACCAAAAAAACAAUACCUGACAACAGACAGUGCACUCAAAACUAUUAGAUUAUAAAAUGAAGUACAUUUGCAUGUUAAAUGGUAUUUAACUAAGACCUAUUCACUUUGUAGAUGUAUUUCAGGAGAAAGCCGUUCCAAUUUGAUUGAGCACCCUCCUCUGUGGAGACACAGAGCAUGUAAGGCAGCAACCUGUAGACAUGUGUAGCAGCUUACCUCUGAGAUUAAAAUUAUCACCUGUCAUUUGCUUGUGAGCUUCUCGAAUAAAGCCUUAUUGUCAUACACUAA